AUGGCGUUACGUAUACCACAAACAAAAAUGACUACCAUACGACAACAGCGUCGUGCUGAUCCAUAUCUUCGUUCAACAUCAAAUUCAAUUGGAACGAGAAAUGAUAUUACAACAGUUGAUAGUCCACCACCAAUUCCACCUCCUCCACCACCACCACCACCACCACACCCAUCCUCUACAUUUUCCUCAGCUCAUCAUCCAACACCAUUAUCAAAUACAAAAAGUCUUCCACAUCGUAUAACUGUUGAUGAUCUUCAUCAAUCUCCACUUCUUCAAAGUUUAGCACCAACAACAACAACACCAACACCAACACCAACACCAACGUAUACUGAUUAUCGUCCAUCAAUUUAUUCAAAUAAUAAUAAUUCUUCCAUAUCAAAAUCAAUUUUAAAUCGUCGAGAAUCGGAAUCAAAUCCAACAAGUAAAGAACAUCAACAAACAGCACCACGAAUACGAGAAAUAAGUUCAAAUGUUGGUUUUGUUUCAUUACCUGAUCAAGUUCAUCGAAGAUCAAUUAAAAAAGGUUUUGAAUUUAAUUUAAUGGUUGUUGGUCAAUCUGGUUUAGGAAAAUCAACAUUUAUUAAUACAUUAUUUCAAACAGAACUUUAUGGACAAGAUUUUCCAUCAACAAUUCAUAGAAAAAAGAAAACAAUAUCAAUUGAUUCAUCAUCAAUUAUUUUAAAAGAAAAAGGUGUUCAAUUACGAUUAACAAUUGUUGAUACACCUGGCUUUGGAGAUUCGGUUGAUAAUUCAAAUUGUUGGCAACCAAUUAUUGAUUAUAUUGAUUCAAAAUAUGAAGAAUAUUUAAAUGCUGAAUCACGAGUUGUUAGAAAAGCACAUAUUAUAGAUAAUAGAAUUCAUACUUGUCUUUAUUUUAUUGCACCAACUGGUCAUAGUCUUCAAUCAUUGGAUAUUGAAUUUAUGAAACGUCUUCAUGAUCGUGUUAAUAUAAUUCCUGUUAUAGCUAAAGCUGAUACAUUAACAUCAGAUGAAUUACGUUUAUUUAAAAAAUCAAUAAUGCAAGAUAUAAUUAAUGAAAAAAUCAAACUUUAUGAAUUUCCAGAUAAUAAUGAUGAAAAUAAAAUAACAAAAACUUAUAAAGAUAAAGUUCCAUUUGCUGUUGUUGGAAGUAAUUUUGUUUUAGAACGUGGAACAAAACGUGCCAGAGUUAGACAAUAUACUUGGGGAACUGUUGAUGUUGAAGAUGAAGCUCAUAGUGAUUUUAUUGCAUUACGAAGUAUGAUUAUAAAAACAAAUUUAAAUGAUUUACGUGAUGUAACACAUAAUAAUCAUUAUGAAAAUUAUCGUUAUAAAAAAUUAAGUUCUUUUAAUAUGAAUGAUUCAAAAAAUGGGAAAACAUUACAAACACCAUCGAUUAAUAAAAAUUUAUUAUCACAAAUAGAAGAUGAAAGAGUAGAAACUGAAGCAAGAUUAGAGAAAAUGUCACGAGAUAUGGAAAAUGUAUAUCAAUCCAAAGUGGAAGAAAAAUUACAAAAACUUGAAGAAAAUAAACAAAAUCUUUUAAAAACUCAGGAAACAUAUCAAUUAAAUAUUCAACAAGAAGAACAAAGAUUUGAACUAAAACGCCAAGAAUUUGAACGAAAUCGUCGGCAAUGGGAAGAAAAUACAAAUAAAUCAGGAUAUAAUGAUCAACAUUCUACUAUAUCUAUAGUUGAAAUUAAUUUAAGAUUAGAAAAAAGAAUUGAUUUAGGAUAUUCAUAUCCAGUAUUUAAUCCUUAUUAUCAAGAAGUAAUAAAUACACUUGAACAUAAAACAUAA